UUCCACCCCUACGCUCGUCAGUUCAAGAGAAAAAUUCAAACCGAGCAGUCGCAACCGGAACCACGAGUCUCGCGCUGUAGCGUAAAAAAACCGUUUGCCUGAACACCGUGUGCCUGCUGUUGCGUAUACGCUGUGCCGGGUACUACACACCUCGCGUAACCUCUGUGUUGUUGACGUACGUACAUUUCGAUCACAGAGCCCCGGUACCCCGGUACGAUCCGGCCGAUUAGUGGUUUGUGUAACAUUCGGUGGAGGGGUUUCCCUCUUGUCCAAUAAAUCUAUUGCGGUGGAUGCGUCCCCCCCCCCUCUCCUUGAUGGGCCCGAUAUUGAGUUUGCGGCAUUGUUGUGAAACGUGUGCAUCGGCAAAACAUAUGUGAGGUGUGAGCGUGUGUAUGCUGUUCUGUUUGGAUGAAAAUAGUAGUCUAAGAAACGGAAGAUAGUGGAAAUUUUGUAAACAGUGCACCACGGCCAAAAGGGAAUGUGAUAGUCCGUGUUGAUCUACACAAAAUAAGCAUAAUUCAUUCGAUUGCUAAAACACGUUCGAAUAUGCUUGCGUGUUCCGUGUUUACUACGCGAGCUUUGAAUAAAUAACGUACGUGUCUACGCGGUACAGCACCAAACACCAUCGCUUGCGGCUUGCUUCAUUCCGGCUGAAGGUUUGUGUUUAAAAAAGGGCUUAUGUACACAAAAUUAUAAAAAAAAUCGUUCGGAAAGCUUCACGGUCAAUUCCGAUUCGCCCCGCUCUAGUGUGUUUGACAAUAUUCUAUACACUCCCUCACACAAACACACACACGCGCACGGUAACCGUAGCAAGCCAUGAGAACACGAGCCCGUUCUAGUAGUCCGUACACGUGAGUCUCACUAUAGUGAUUGGUGUAGUAGUCGUGUUGGCGCGCAAAAAAAACCCCAUACAGUGCCGUGCACACCCCGCUUCCCUUCCACCCAUCAAGGGAGUCAUCGAGGUGCAGUGAAACACUAUCAUUGCGGUGUUAGAAUCGCGAACCGGCUACGCAAUACCACCUGUUCCGUGGCACGUUGCGCCUGGCUACUGCUUCCUUCUCCCUUUGCGCAGUCGAACACGCCGUGGAGAACACACGCAUUGCAUAAACGACCGGUGCGCGGAUACGCAAAAGAAAAAAAAAGGAGCUCCACCGGUAAGCAGCGACUCACGAUGGAUUUGCACAGACAUUAGUGUGGAUUAUAUUUUGGCCGAUUUCGCUCCGGGGGAGUUCGUUUUGAAACGGCAGAACGCAAACAACACAGCAAAAGCAGUAGGAGCUGUGUGCUACAAUGAGAUAAAAAAACCACUGGCCGCAGCACUGGUCGCGGGGUGUGUGUUAAUCUGGUUCUGAAUCACUCCUCCCUUCCCAGUUUUGGGAAUAGUAAAAAAAACAAGAGCCCGUAACAAAACGGGGAGCGGUCAAACGGACUUCAAGCCAGCUUAGAGGCUUCCGUUAAGUCCGGAGCAAAGUUCGUUGUGUGUAUUUCGUUUCGCAAAAUUCCCCUAACACACACGCACACAAAAUGUCUGACAUUUGCGAUUUUGAGUGGUCAAACAAUCGGUACCGGCACAAUCUCACCAUCUCGGAGCUAAAGCUCGGCUUCAACCGGAACGAACCGACCGACCGAAGUCGCGCCCUGAUCGCCCUCAAAGAGCUGAUCGGAGCGAGCCGCGAUUACGCACUCAAGGACAAAUCCUGCUUCCAGGACGACGAGUUCCUGUUCCGCUUCCUGUACGCGCGCAAAUUCAACGUGAACGAAGCGUUCCAGCUCAUCAUCAACUAUCAUGCCUACCGGCAGCGCAACGCCGCCAUCCUGCAGCGGCUCUCGGUGCUGGACGAAACGAUACAGAUCGCACUGCGGGACGGGUUCCCGGGUGUGCUGCCGAACCGGGACCGGCGGGGCCGCAAGGUGCUGGUGUUCUUUACCGCCAACUGGGACUACGCGUCCUACUCCCUAGUCACCGUGUACCGGGCGAUGCUGCUCACGGUCGAGAAGCUGCUCGAGGACAAGCAGAACCAGGCGAACGGGUUCAUCGCGAUCGUCGACUGGACCAACUUCACCUUCCGCCAGUCGUCCAACCUCAACCCGAAGGUGUUGAAGCUGAUGAUCGAGGGCCUGCAGGACUGCUUCCCGGUACGGUUCAAGGCGAUCCACUUCAUCGGCCAACCGUGGUACGUCGAGGCCGCCCUAGCCGUCAUCCGACCCUUCCUGAAGGAGAAGACGCGCGAUCGGAUAAAGCUGCACGGCAGCAACCUGUCCACGCUGCACGACUGCGUCGCCCGGGACAUCCUGCCGACGGAGCUGGGGGGCGAGGGACCAACGUUUAAUCCACUCAACUGGUACCACGAGCUGCUCGAAUCGAGCCAAACCGUCACCAAGCCGGCCCCCUCGUACUGUCUCAGCCAGACGCAGAUCUACACCAAAACACCUGCCCAGUUUGUGCCGGUCGUUGGCAAGGGCAAGGGUGCGGAUCUAUCGCCCGCCCCGUCCCGCUCACCGUCGCCACCGUCCUCGCUUUCGGCCUCGAAUGGGGCCGAGUUCCUGAAGGCUGCCACCAAGGCGGCCGCCGUCAAGAUCGGUGUGCUGACGGCGAAAGCGAACGAUCCGGCCACCAACACGCUGCUGGGCGUGACGGCCGGUGCCGGCGGUUGUGAGUUGUGACACCGCAUCGAGAGGAUGAUGAUGCUGAGCUCGAGCCAACAGCAGCAGCAGCAGCAGCCCACUAAAGACUGGAUCGUUACAGUGGCCAACGGUGGUCCGCACUGCGCUAUGAUGAUCUCAUACCGGGUACAGAAGCGUUCGUGGUGGUGAAGGAACUGGUGAGAAAUAGUCUGGCAGGUGUCUAGGAAACGGAGGGGCCUUAUACUUGUAGAACUGAUGAGGUUUUUAAGGCAUGGAAGCAGUGUGUUCAUCCAAGCAAGCUGAUCUUUCCUCAUUGCGGCAUGGAAGAAGCGGAAAGUUGUUUAGAAUUCCGACAGAUGGCGCUUCGUUUUUAAGUGUCAAGACAUAACUCUCUUUCUCUCUUUCGCUGUUUUCCUCUAUCGCUCUCUUUCCUUCAAAACAAAGUGUGCAUGAUCGUGGAGUUUUGAAGACAUUUCAAGGCGACUUUUCUGGUUUGUGAUAUUAAACGAACGUGAUUUAAUUGACUGGAAUUUCAUACUCCAAUCCAAAGUGAGUGUAUAUGUCAGGUGGGCUUAUGGUGUUCUUCUGCACCAAUACAUCGACACACAAUUAGACAGUUUGUUCCAUAACAAAAUCUAGUAUGCCUUGAAAUUUAAACGGUAUCUCGCAGAAAUAGUAUGUGGUUUUACGAAGAAAGAAGCCAAACAACUUACGUGACGGCCAGUUCUUGGAUUAAAACGAUGAUCUGAAGAUUACUGGAUUCCAACAAAACAUUUGCUUCGCAAAAUCUGAUAUAUAGGAAACAAUUAUUGAACCCGUUCAGCCAGCAAUUUAGGAGCAGUGUACCAACCGAACCAAAUCUAACUGUCAAACCAAGUAUUCUUUCUAUUUUCGUUUUAAGACGUCAAAUUGCACUGAAUAAGCCCACCUGAUAUAUCAACUCACUUUGGCUCCAAUCGUUCAUGUAUCUACGCCUACUUGUUGACAUCUACAUGGCCUAAUAUGUUCGGGUUUUUGCAUAUUUAAAUAGGACCCAAACAGAAAGGCUCAUUCUUGCACGUAACUCCAACACCAACCUGAAGACGUGAACGGCGCUUUAAAUUGUCACUAUUAGCUAAACCCUUGAUAUUGUUUCACUUCCCGCAAGCCCAUUGUCGUCUGGUGGAUGCGUCUGGUUGUCCAGUGCGUGAGUCAUCCACCAUCAACACUACCAAACGAUACGACCCUCUGCGCUUCACCUGUCGUGCCGUUUCGCAGGUUCGCUCAAGAAGGUGUCUACGUCUUAUGCUGCACAACCCGAAGCCCGCGAUGGUCAAGGUUAGUCCCCAUUGCCACUGGGCUGGGCACAAAUCUCUGUCCCGCUUUUCGAAGUCACCACCGGCAAAACCCGGUUGGCCUUCUAGGGUAAGCCAGUGUCCGUACCCCCUUAUUUAGAUGGCGUGUCUUUAACACGCCAUGUCCAGCCGAGGGAGGACGAUUUCCGCUUUGGUGUGUGUGUGUGUUAUUUUGUUUCUCCUCCCUGUCUCGGGCGCACAGUAAUGCGGUCAGUAAUGUGAUACAUGGGCAGACCGUACUGGUCGGUCGCGUAGUGUGCGUUUGCGCCGUUUUGUUUAGGGGAGAAAGGCUUCGCCGCUCGGGCUGGGGACAUUGCAGCUGCAGUGCACAGGGGACGCUGUGUGACUUACUUACAUGUUCGGAAGAGGCACAAACCAUGGGGAGGGGGGGAGGGGGGGGGAGUGUAAUGAGGCCGAACAGUGAAAUGGAGACUUUAAUUAAGGCAAGCGAAAGGGGAAGAGGAAAUUGUGCCUGCCUUUAACGGUCAGUAGCAGACACUCUCCCUUACUUCCUUGAGUAAAAGACAAAUUUCUAGAAUUUGCACACACACAAACACUCUCUUUCGGGGUGUUAUUAAUAUGUUUCAUCCAACUCUCAGCGCAGAACGGUACACGUGAAGCCACACCACCAUAUGGCCUUGUGAAGCCAAUUUCCCAACAGCACUGCACAAGCCGGCCGGGUGCUUCAUUAAACUGCACCAAACGCUGGUGACGUUGACGGUGGGGUGGCAUGCAUAUUUUAAUGCUCACCACCCCAUUUUACCACCCCAACCCACGUGCCCAAUCGCGGUCAUUUUGCGUGCAUUCGUUCGAUACAGGUUCUGCGCGCCCGCGUUCUUGGCGGCUUGCGUAUAUGAUGGCGCCAUACGCAAUGGCACCACGGUCGGGUCGGGUUGCGGGCAAACGGUUUUUUAUUCCUGCUUAAUAAUGAAACCGAGGGAGAGAGGGGAGCAAAACGUAAACGAGUAAAGGUGAAGUUUUGUAGGUGAACUCCUUUGCUCCCUGCUUACGACGCAGGGAACGCCGCAACGAUAUAAAAAAGGGACGCAUUUAACGUUGCUGACUCCUGUGGGAUGAUAAAAAGGUACACUUUUGCGAGAUGCCUUCCUCCCUGAACAGAAUGCACUUAAUUGCAGUUACCGCACGGCAUAAUUAUCGUCCGAUUUCGCUCCCCUUUCGUCCAUCUUUCUUGGGUUGGGACACUUUUAUACGCCUUUUAACGGCGCAUCGAAGGCGAUCGCAGUUGCAAGAGAGUAAGUGAUGAUAAGCUAAACUACCUAGGCCAGACCAAUUACUGCUACAUUGUAGAGCGUUGGAUGCUGUAUGGCGUGGUGAAAACGGCGAAAAAGAACGCACCAUUUUAUGGGUAAAGAGUUUCACAGUUUUUCCCCUUCAAUAUCUAAUUUACCUUAAAAUAUGAGUAACAACUUCUUGUAGUAACUUCCCUUACCGCCGAGGAUAUAACACGCAUUAUAUGAACAGUUUACACACUGCGCUCCAUUCAGCCAUCAUACUUUUAUCCACCAAGACCCCCUUGUGCUUUAAAUGCACUCGAUUUUCACCCGACCAACGGUGUCAACCAGGUUUGCAACCGAACAGGUUAGUCGCCGUCCAUUGAACUGCUCGAGAUCAUCGCCCACGGGCACAGACACAAACAGACAGACUCGAAUUAAGAGACUCGCUUGACCCGCAAAUCGCGGGUGGGUUUUGAACGCACAAGGACACACUGAGAGCUAAUAAUUAAUAUGCAAAAUGAAUAACAUGCUUUCCCUUUUUUUUUGAUUGGUGAUCAUCGAGUGUGAUGCAAAGGGAGAAAAAUAGCAUGAAAUAAAGAGUAAAAAAAAAAGAAGGAAAACAUGGUGGCCUUAUCAGUAAAGGGCAAUAAAGAGGUAGAGAGCUUAUGCUUAGAAGAUAAAACACAACAAAACUCUAACGCAUUCGUAAGUGAAGUGAAAGAUUUCGAAUAAAUUAGGGUAAGAAAAAGGCACUAGAUAGGCGUAGCUAGGCGUGUAAUUGCAUUGUUUGUAAUGAUAUUCGUUCAAGUCCGUCCGUUGAAGUGCACAGCUUUAUGCUUUCUGUCCUCUCUUCUUACGGUCAUCGAAUUAUAAGCGACUUAGCUUUAUACUAAGCACACAAACACACACCAUUUCUUCAUCUUCAUCCACAUCUUGCAUUACACGUUCACAACUUUAUCCCAUAUUAUUCCUCUUCUGUUCUUUUUGGUGUAAAGUCCUAGAUGGAGGAUGUACGUUACGGAUUGUUCCAUAGUGUAAGUCCUUCUUAGCAAGUAAGGAGUAGCAUUUUGGAAAUGGUGGAGAAAAAAGAGCCGAACAAAACGCUUCAAUUUAGAGAGCAUCACUGCAUCGAAAAGUGCAUUUGUAAAGUAGGGAAAGAAAAGAAAAGAAGAAAAAAAAAGGUUAAAAUAUAAUUACUGCGAAAGCUUUCCCCCUGUUUUGUUUUGCAGUGCGCGGAAUAUCAUAUUCACAUUA